AUGAAAUUGAACGAUCUCUUCGAGAAUCCCACGUCGUGCGCUUUCCUCACAUGUGGCAAUUGGGAUCUCCAGACUAUGCUUCCCGAGCAGCUCGCGCUGCGUGGUUUCGAUGCUUCCUGUGACCUAGUGCCGCCCUACAACCGCUGGAUAAACGUCAAGAAGGCAUUCCGGAAGUAUUAUGGCAUGAAACAUCCUCCUGGUGGCAUGUUGCAAAUGUUGCAGAAGCUGGAUCUGGAGUUGGAGGGAAGGCACCAUUCGGGCAUUGAUGAUUGUAGGAAUAUCCUCAGGAUAGUGCGCAAGAUGCGCAUGGACGGCUGGCGACCUGCGGGUGAUUUGACUAGGUGGUAA